CUCUCACUUUGAGUUACUGUUGUUGUAAACGUUGUAAAACUAUAUCACUUAUUUUGUUGCAAUUCUAUUUUCUUAAAUUAAUAAUGAAUUAUUUUUUUUAAAACUUAUUUUUCAUAUCGUCAAGAAUAUUGUUAUUGCCAAAAUACCUUGAAAUAUUGUGACAUUAUUUCAGGGCCAUAUUGCCCACCCCUAUUGUCUGUACAUCUUUUGCACAGAUUAGGCUACAUAAACAUUGUGGCAUGUGGCGUUGUAGUUAGUGUGGUUGUCGUAAGCUCAGCACCGCUGUCUGUCUCCCUCUCGCAGGGCGCAGCAUAGAUGACAGCAGAUUGCUCGAGACUUUCACACUGAAAUUAAAUGAGUCCUCAUAACUUUAGUAAAUAACACAAGUAAACAGUUUGCAUUUUGCUGUCAUUUAUGAUGUGGUGUUUUGCCGCAGGUUGGACUCUGCCCCUGCUCUACACUCAGUAGAGACAGACAGCGAAGACUUAACAAGCGUGUAAGCUUUGCGAGUAAAAUGUCUGUUUGACAGCUGACGUAAAACAAAAGAUUGGGCUCUGUAUAGCUCAACAUAGCCAAUUUACGAUCACUUAAAAGAUGCCUUGAUCGGCCCGGAUACAAAUAUUUUAGAUCGGAUAGGGACUUCCUUUGUUGCAGACCUUAAAGUCAUGUUCCAGACAUCUUUCUGGUAAUGCGUAUUUGCUCCAGAUAACCAAACAGAAAUGUUUCUUUAAAUCCAGAUGUCGUUGGUUUUCGUUCAAAUCUAAACCACACCUGCUGCUGUAAAGCACCAGAUCAUUGUCCUUGCAUGUAGAUUUGAUGUCUCAUUGUAUCCAUUCUGCAUGCUUUGUGACGGGACUGGGAGCUCACUUUUUUGCAUACACUAUGCAAAGCAGCCAGAAGGUGGGUGGGUGGCAUGUCCCUUUUAGUGGCAGCAAACCAAACAUGGUCCUGGAGGUGUAGACUCACGAGAAGUUCAGUUGCUAAAGUUACUUUUUCUUUGUCAUGGAGGGAUUUGUCUUGUGGGGCUCUCUGGUUGGAUCUGAAAGAAAUGAUAGCGAGCCGGUUUUGCCUGUGUCGCUUUGGCAGCUGCUGUGAACCUCGCACUGCCGUAAAACGUGGAGUCUUUUUGUUGUCUCCAGGGUACGAUAUCCUGAUGAGCUGGUAAAGGGCAGACGUUGAAGUAAUGGUGCUUCCACCCCACGGGCAGGUACUUUCUCGUUCGUCAUGUUGCAUUUUCACUUGGAUGAAUGGCAUCCUGAGGCUGUCUGAUAAAUCUGAUCUCAUUCCCAUUGUGCAUGUGCACCUUGAAGUAAUGUCAGUUUUUCUUCGUAUUCUAAUACAAAGGGGAUUUAGUACCUGUUUGUAGAGCACUCAGCUUAUUUUCAUUAUUGAUCAAUCUGCCUAGUAUUUUAUUGAUUAAGAGUUUGGUUUAUAAAAUGUCAGAAAAAGGUGAAAAAUCCCCAUCAUUAUUUCACAAAGCCCAAUUUAAAAAUGCUUGUUUUAUCUGACAAGCAGUUAUUCAGUUUACUAUCACAGAAAACUAAGAAAGGAAACUGAUGUCAUUGAUUAAUUAUUUGAUAAUUUUACAGCUUUUUAUUUAACAGGUAGUUUGCUUGAAGUGCACCUGGAUCUCAAUACUGAGUCAUGUAUCAUAAUCAUGUUGUAUGUUCUGCAUUACCCUGUGAUUCCCACCAACCUCGAACCCAAUCCUGCACGCACAUGUCGCGCUGUGAAUAAUAAUAUGUGCUAAAUAGCAAAAAAAAAAGAAAAAAAAAGAAAAACAUAAGCUACAGAAAAUGUAGAGUCCCGUCUGAUCUGCUCUGUGUAGUUGUGUGUUGUAAGAAAGCCGGCUGUGCCCACUGAGUGUGGGAAGAGUAUCAAAGCUUUAGUGUUAUGCAAGGAGAGAUUCCAGGAAGCUGAAUGUCAGGAUUGAAGUGUCUUCUUCCUCCAUACUGUAUGUCUGUCUCUUCAUCUGCGUCUUCUUCACUCACUCCUGAAAGCACAGCGUCCAUCUCUAUUUUUAUCACUGAUGUGGGCCGUGGGAGCCGCCUGGGAGAGAGAGCAGCUCACCGAUCAAUUUGGAUACCUAGAACAACUAAAACGAGCUUGCAAACUAAUUAAACAUUGUUUGCAGCUUCUGAUGAGGAAGGCUGGGUUCUGAGCAGUCGCUUAGUGCUAAACAUUGUUUUAGUUCGUUUAAGGAGGGUGUGAUCUCCAGCCCCGCAGGGAGAUGCACAUUUUAAUUUUGUAUGUAUUUGGCUGUAUUUGUAUAGGCGGUUGUGCUGUUCAAAUAGAGUUCUCUGUGACUCGCUUCAUGAAUAGGAUAAGAUUACAUUAAUGAUUGUGCCUGGCUGCAGGCAACACAGACAGACAAGUGUCUUUUCUUUCUCACACACACCCUGCACUGCCCUGCCCUGCCCUGCCCUGCACAGGGCCUCAAUGCCCCAGGCGCUCAGUCAGUAAUAUUGCAGGAACCAUUAUGUUUUGAUAAGCUGCAUUGCAUGUGUUUGUUUGUGCACACCUGAGGACACCCAGUCACCAUAAUAAAUGUUUGCAUUUUAUUUUUGGCUACCUGCUUUGGUGGCACAGACCUGCUGGAAGCUUAGCAAUGGCUGAGUCAAAAACAGCCGCAACAAUUAUUUUUUCAUUGUCAGUUAAUUUGAUUACUUGAUUUUCUCGCUUAACAGAUAAGUGGUUUGAUGUAAAAUGUCAGAAAAUGAACAAAUAAAUGUCGAUCAGUGUUUCCCAAAGCCCAACAUGACAUCCUUAUAUGCCCUGUCUUGUCCACAACCCAAAGAUAUUCAGCUUAUUGUCAUAGUGGAGCAAAGAAACCAGAAAAUAUUCACGUUUAAGAAGCUGGAAUCAGAGUAUUUUUACUUUUUUUUUUUUUUUUUUUACUCAAAAAUGUAUUCAAACCGAAUGAUUGAUUGUCAAAUUAGUUGCCACACAUUCAUUUAUUCGUGGCAACCUGCCCUGAUUAAAACAUUUACCGCCACGUUUUGAUUUUCUAUUUUUGCACCACUCAUUAGGAGUGCUGUUGGAAUAUGUGUCGGCUAUUUGUUACUUCACACUCUCACAGUGCAGAGCAUACUCUGGGCACAGAGGGAGCAGCAGAACGCCAGACGCAGUGUAAAUAAAACUUAACUGUUUAUUAUGCUGGCUCUAAAAGUUUGAUUUUACUCAUAAAGAGUAAAGCUCUAAUCAGAUCGAGUGAACAAUCCACCCCGUGAUUUAAAACUUCACAAACUGCUGCUGGGUAAAAGAAGAACUCAUGAAGAGCUCCGCCAAUGCUGCGUUCCUAAACAUGCAAAAACCUCAAAAUUUAGAGACUGACACACAAGGACACACAGGCAAGAGAAACAUGGAGAUGCAGCUCAGCACAUUCACAUUCACCAUCGCUUCCACCUCACGAUGACCUCAGGUUAGCUCAUAUAUGUAGUCAGAGCUACAAGUCACUUUAAAAAACAUUGAUAUGGUAUGAAAUGUACAAAUAAAACAAAUCUGUGGUUUGCAGAAAAGUGCAGUGCCAGCAUUUCCUCCUUGCAGCUGUGAGAUUUAUUGAUAUAGUUAUGAAGUGUUCAUUUGGUCAUUUAUCCACUCAAAUGAAUAAUACUGUCUAUAAAGUUUGAAACACUGCUUUUUUCCAAGAUUUGAAUUUCAAAUUUGAAUCAGACAAGCAGUGACGUAGAUGUGAUGGAAAGCUGAUUAUUGUGUGGAUAUCCCGCCCACCUGUGUUCAGGCACACCCUGCCUGGGUGUGUUUCCUCCCCGGUCCCCAAGUUCUCUGCCUCAGGGAGCCACAGCGACUGUGCGUCACCUCUCUGCUCAGCUGUCCUUGCAUGGCCUUGUGAUAUUACUGGCAGUGUGUUGCCGUCCCUCAAGAUACAUGAUCUACGGUGUGAUUCAAAUACGGUUGUAACAGUUAUUUGAAGUAGUAGUAGUAUGAGUUACUUGCUCCUGCAGGUAGCGCUAAUGCCAGUGCUGUUUCAUACCAGGCCAGUUUAAAAAUGAUUUAGUGAGCUUGGUAGUGCCAUAGCCAUAGUACAGUACCACUUGCAUUCCUUCUGGGAGAGAUUUUUUUCAUAGGUAUGUGACUUUGAAACCCCAGGAGAAGGGUGUGUCACACACACCGACAGAUACUCAGGUUAAUCUUUCCUCUCAAAGAUUUAUUUUUGGGUGGACAAAAGACAUCAGAAGGGGAUUUUGUUAAACAGAUACGAUGAUGAUAGUCUGCUUGUGUUGGGGGGAAAAAAAGAAGCAGUGUUUGUUUACACACACGUAAACAAGGUGGUCUUAAACAUCUACGCACAGUCAUUCCUCUUGGCGCAUGCUUAAGACGCUAGCUCAGGUCCAUUUCAGACCAACGGGAUACAGAGGGAGAGGUGCUGCCCGGAUCAUGUGCUCAGAGAAAAGCCAGUCGGAGCAGGAGGCAGAGCGAAGACGAAAGCGUAUAAUUGGCUCUUGGUGUGUAAUCUUCAGGGUUUAGAGGCAGAGGGAGGGACAGACAUGCACUGCAUGCACACACUGCUGAUAGUGCUCAGAUUCCUGUUGGUGUGCGAGACUCUGCCUUGAUAUACUCACUGUUGCUGUGCGACAGCCAUUGACAGGGACUCUGUGUUUGUGUCUUAAACCAAACAGCUCACAGGGAAAGUGCUUCCUUUUCAAGCGUCUCACAGGAAGUUUAUUUUCUGUCCUCCAAUGACUGAUAAAGAGCUUCGCUCCUCCUUUUCAUCCACCCACCCUUCCAUAUCUGUGGAGUAAUUCUGCCUGAUCUAGUUGAGCCACAUGCUGAGGAGUGUACACAGUCUGCACAGUUUGUGUUGUUAUAGCUGAUCACACAACUUUGUGAGCUCUCCAGCUACUCCUCAGCAGCGUUGGAUUUUGAGAAGGAGCACCAGAUUGCUGCCGUGUACGAGUCGCCCAGGAUGUCACGGCGGAGCCUGCGUCUGCAGACCGGUGCUGGUCACUAUGGCAACGAGAGCCAGGCUGAUUACUCCCAGAACUACAGCAACAGCAGCAGCAGCUACACCAGCACCAGGAGAGAGACACGGACACUGCGCAGCAAAAAGCAACAGUCCAGUUCCACGCCCCUGUCAUUAUCCUUGAGCCAAGCUGCCACACCGAGGAAAACCCUCUCCUUCUCAGCGGUUAAUACCCCAAUUCACAGCAGCAUCAUUCAGGAAAGCAACACAGCGUCCGAUGCCUCUCAGCUCAACUCCAUCCUGGACCAGUCCCAACUGAGACAACGCACCAUCACCACAACCACAACCACCACGUCUACUGCUGUGGAUGGACACUGGGGGAGGAGCUCCAGCAGAGACCACAGUUCAACAAGUGUCAACGGCGAUGCCAGCGCAUCGAAGUCCCACACCUCGCUUGCCAAUGGUUACAUCUGCAAAGACUGCUCUUUUCACGCUCAGAAGACGGACUGCUCUAUUACGCGUUCUUCAGCAUCAUUAUCAUCAUCAUCUCAGGCUGCAGAAGCUUCCUCUGACGCCCUCUCCUCCUCCUCCACCUCAUCACCUUUCACAAGUAUAUACACAAGAGACAGGAGUCGAAGGAGCAAGACAGGUGUCCUGGUGUCUAUGUCUAACACGUGUAUGCGCUACAGCAAACGAGCCCUGGCCCCCAUAGUGUCCUUAGUCACCCUGCUCUUCCACAAUGUGCUCUGGCUGGGUUCAAGGGCCAAGAGCCCUCCGGGAAAAGGUGUCCUUGCAUCAUUCUCGGACUCGAUGAGACAAGCAGUGUCCUCCAGUUUGUCCCAACUGUGGCUGUUUAAGCAGACCACUCUCCACAGGAUGAUGGGCUACAGGGCUAAUGGCUAUGAAGGACAAGCUCACUCAAGUUUCUGUGGAAGCAUGAACGUGAAGGAUCUGGUGACUGAAGAUGCUUCACAUCUUAAUCUCAAUGGUUCCCUGUGCGAUGACUGUAAAGGGAAGCAGCACUCAGAGACACACACCGUCCUUCUUACACAGUCCUCCAGGCCCCGACGCCUGGUGGGGGCACUGUGGAGCGUCCUAGCUUACACAGGUCACUGCCUCCUCCAGCCAGGUUACUGUGUGGUGAGAGCAGGCAAAGCGCUGGGAUCAGGGGUUGGGACAGUGGUGCAGAGGCUGCUCUCACUGUUCUGGAUGCUCCUGGCAGCUCCAGUGAAGGCAGGCAGGGGACUUCUGUGGUUUCUCGCAGCAGGAUGGUACCAGCUGGUGUCUCUCAUGUCUCUCCUCAACGUCUUCUUUCUGACACGAUGCCUUCCCAAACUUUGGAAGCUGCUGCUGCUCCUUUUGCCCCUGUUGCUCCUCCUUGCUUUAUGGUUGUGGGGUCCGUCCACUGCUGCCCUGCUCGCCUACCUCCCAGCCAUAAACCUAACCGAGUGGCGUCCUGCAUCCCCCCUCACCCUCCUGUCUAGCUUGGUGCCAGCUUCUGCUCCAGCUCCUGCCUCAGUCCCCGUCCCUGCACCAGAGACUCCAGUGGAGCUGACCCCAGCCACCCCAGUCUCACAGGCACCACCAGUCCUCCCCCCUGUGGCGGUCUCUGGUGUGGAUUUGGAGCGACUGGAGCGUGUGGAGCGGCAGCUAGCCCUGCUGUGGGAGCGAGUCCAGCAGGGUGACCAGAAACAGGAGCAGCAUCACGGGGACGUUAUGGGUCUCUACAGCACCCUGAAGGAGCAGCUCCACACUCAGACAGAUAGGGAGAGCCUGGGACUGUGGGUGUCCUCCCUGCUGGAGCAGAGACUCGGCGUGUUACGGGGAGAGCUGGAGCAGGAGAACACACAGAGAGCACAGAGUGCAGAGCAGCAGAAACAGCACCAGGAGGAUCAGGCGACACGGCUGGCUGAAUUAGAAUUGCUGCUCAAGACUCUGAAUGCAAAGACCCAGGAGGUGCAACAGAAACAGCAGCGGUAUGAGCACGAGAAGCAGGAGAGAGAGAAGGUGGUUGUCACUACAGCAGCGGACACAGUUCCUGUCAGUGUGGGAGUGAAGCAGGAGGAACAUGACGCUCUGCUGGCGGAGGUGCAGAGGCUUGAGGUGGAGCUGGGCAAAAUUAGACAGGACCUGCAGGGCGUUCUGGGAUGCAAGGGCAAGUGUGAGCAGUUGGACACACUGCAGGAGACGAUAUCAGCCCAAGUGUCCUCCCAGGUGCGUAAGGAGUUGCAGACCCUGUUCUUUGGCAGUGGUGGACCGGGACAGGAGCAGGGAGAGGUGCCCGAGUCUCUGAUCCUCUGGCUGUCCCAGCGCUACGUGAGCACUCCCGACCUGCAGGCCUCCCUGUCCUCACUGGAGCUGAGCAUCCUGAGAAAUGUUUCCCUGCAGCUGGAGCUGAACCGGGCCCAAACUGUGGGUGAGGCCGAGGCCCAAGCUAAGACCAUUGUUCAGACAGUAACCGGGACUGUCCAGCACACUGCUGCUGCUGAGGGAAUGACGGAGGAGCAAGUGAAGGUGAUUGUUCAAAACGCUUUGAGGCUCUACUCCCAGGAUCGAACAGGCUUGGUGGACUACGCCCUGGAGUCUGGAGGUGGCAGCAUCCUCAGCACUCGCUGCUCUGAGACAUAUGAGACCAAAACAGCCCUCAUGAGUCUGUUCGGCCUGCCGCUCUGGUACUUCUCCCAGUCUCCACGUGUUGUCAUCCAGCCCGAUGUGUACCCAGGUAACUGCUGGGCGUUCAAAGGCUCUCAGGGUUACCUGGUGAUCCGCUUGUCCCUGAGGAUCCUGCCCACAUCCUUCUGCGUGGAGCACAUCCCCAAGGCCCUGUCACCGACUGGAAACAUCACCAGUGCCCCACGCAACUUCACCGUUUUUGGUCUAGAUGAUGAGUAUCAGGAAGAGGGGAAGCUGCUGGGGCACUACAUAUACGAGGAAGAUGGGGAGUCACUGCAAACCUUUCCUGUUAUGGAGCAGAAUGACAGAGCCUUCCAGAUCAUUGAGGUGCGGGUGCUGUCUAACUGGGGUCAUCCAGAAUACACCUGCAUGUAUCGCUUCAGAGUCCAUGGAGAACCUCGGCCUCAGUGAACCAACCACGACCGUACACACUCAUAUAUGACAUAUCACCCUAUCUGUACAUAGCUCUCGCCAACUUCUUUAAAGCAGAGGGGACUCGGCAGUACUCUUUUUGUACGAAAGACGUGAAAACGCUGAAGUUGUGGAUUGUUAAAGGAAUGUGUCCCGACUGAAUCGUGAAAUGUGUUUUGUAAUAUUGAAAGAAUCACAGGAAAGUCUGUAUGUGGACUGUCGGUGAUCACAGAAGAAGAAAAGAACCACGGAAGAAGCUAAAACUCCCUGUCCCCUUUUCAUAAAAAGGCCUCUUGCACUGAAUCAGCCCUUGAGGGGCGACAGGCUCCACUGAGCGGACAAAUCCAUCCCACUCUUGUCACCUUCCACUCCUACAGGGAGGUGGACGCUUGAAAUGGGGGGAUUACAGACUCACCUCCACCAUGUCCUCACACACUGCAUCUCAGUCUUUGGUUUCUGUUCUCAAUUCACGUCUAUUCAACUCUGAUUUCCUGUUAGUUUACUAUUUUCAGGAUCAAAGCCACCGCACCUUUCGCCUGCGACGCUGUCCAGGCAUGUCACUCCCCUUGUCAAGUCACUGCAAUGACUUUAACUGGGCUGAUAGGGCAGCCUGCAGGACCGGACCACACUCACAGCGGGUGUUUACUGGACAUUAGGGUUCACUACAUUCAAGGCUCGGCAUCGUGCAUCCAUAGCCAUAUUUCUUUGUUUUGGAACUGAACAUGCUGCCUAUGGACAGGCUCUGAAUGUUUCCUCUAGUGGAGGCUCGAUGCAAAUCAUCCUUUAACUUCACAGCAACACUAUAUAACCACUGACCUGAGCUCUGUGUGUUCAGACUAUUCGGAGGCUAUUCACUAUGUACAUUAGACAAAAUAUGUGUAUGGUUAUGGAUGGAUUCCAGGAUUAAUUCUAGCAUGUAACUCUUCCCGAACCAUACUCUUGACUUCUACAUGCAUCAUGGGUUUUUACAUGUGUGUCUCCUCUCUAAAGGUUUAAGUCCUGUAACAAGGUCUCAAAUUACUAAUGACUGAUGUCAAAAGCUAAAUAAUAAUCACUAAUAUUUAGCUUUCAACAUCUCACUGUUGAACGCUAAAUUAUAUAACUAUUCCUGUAGGCAAGAGUGUGAUUUUUCUUUUUCGUUUUAUAAAGAGGGGACUCUGUCUGUCUCCUAGCUCAGUUCUAAACGUCCUCCUCAUGUGGGCUCGCUCUAUUCUGAAACCCUGAAGGAAUGUAAUCUGUAUAUUUCAUUGUUGAUAGCUGGUCCUUUAUAAUAUCUGCUUUUAUCAGUGUUGCUUUAUAUAAAUCAUCCUGUCAUUAUCAUGAUUAAUAUUGCGUUCCUACCAUUAUUUCUACUGUUACUCAUCGUGUUGUUUUGCUUUUUGUUUUGUUUGGGGGGGGGGGGGUGAUGUCAGGAUGCACUGCAAUGACUUGUUAGAGAAAUGUUUGUGGCACAGGUCUUCACAAUUUGUUUAAAAAAAAAUGGCGGGUGUGUGUGUAGUCAUUAAUUUGGGUUGCAAAUAUGGGGAAGUCUAAAAUGUUAUGUACAAAAAAUGUUUUGUUCACAAUCUUAUUUAUUAACAAGUCAAUUAGUGACUGCGAGAUAUGAGUUACUGCAAUGUAUAUUUUGUCAAAAAGCUCUUCAGUGCAUUUUGGAACCAUCUUGGGACUUUUUUUUUUUUAAAGAUAAAUGGCUAUUUUUGUUCAGUCAUGAGAUGACUUAACUGCUUUGGAAUAUAUUCCAAUAAAGACUUUAAUUUUGAAAAACCUCUCUGAAUAAUAUAACAAUGGCUUAAGACUAAGAUUGUUACGCUUUCCUCUGCAAAAAAGGCUUUAACCUUUGCUCUUUUAUUAUUGUAGAGAAAGUGCAUUUCGCAAUGCAGUAUUAUUUUUGGGUUGAUCCUUUAUUAAGAGCCAACAAUAAAAGAUCUGACAUCAUGAAGACUGAACUU